AUGGGCAUGACAGGUACACGCCAAGGACAGGCGUAUAUGUGGAGAUGCGUCCUGUUAUUCACACUGGUAGUAGCAUAUGUUAGUGGUGCGAGUCAAACAAUCAAUCCAAGUACGAGUCUGCACACUGUACUGAAAGAUUGGAUUUCAGGUGACGAGUUGACUUUAGAGUCGGGAGUGUAUCUCGUAUCGAGUCCAAUUGAACUUACAGCAAAUAUUAGUAUACGAGCCGCCCCAGGUGCGGCGGUAGGAAUUCACAAGUCAGGCGACCCUACUAUCUUUUACGUCUCGAAUCCGAAUGUCAAAGCUCAGUUCUCAAAUUUGAGGUUUAAGGGUGAUGGUAGUUCUGAAUGCGCAUUGAAAGAGCCACUUGCACUAGACGUGGACUCAAAUGUAGAUAUUACGAAACCCGAGAUCGGUGACAACGAUCUGAUCUUCGAGGCUGAUUUCGGUAUUUGGCACAAUCACAGAUGGUUAGAAGAUUUCGAAUAUGGUGAAUGCACACUUAGUAACGAUUACAAAUCGAGUGGUAUUCAAGCUAUCAAUAAGUACAGGUUCUCACUUCAGGCUAAUUGCCACGGUCAGCUCAAGUAUUGGUUUGACUUCACGAAGAUGGAGAAUUGUGGUAUCAUGGGUACCUUGAAGCCAACUGCGGUGGCGUACGAUGGUGUUAUGAAAGCACACUUUAGGGAAGAUUUAUACUAUCAGAACGCGUUAGAGCUGCUGAUGGUGCCACUCAACCGACACUCAACUGCCCAAACCUCUCUAUGUGUAGUUGUGUCACGCGUCGAGAAAAUCUGCUUGGCAGUCACCGUCAAUCAACCGAGGGUUGUUUCAUUGGGUAACAUUUGUGGCCGUACACACCUUGACGAUGGUGUCACACCUGUUACCGAUAUGCUCAUUGAGUUAGAAUCAGUAGGCACUGAUACACUUGUCAUGCUUGAGGUUGAAGUAGACGAGACUAACGGUACUUAUUGUUUCAAGAACUUGAAGGAGGGAGUUACGUAUGUCAUCACCGCAACGGACCCCACAACUGGCGAAAUUAGUAAGCAAAACUUAACAAUUAUAAUGGAUUAUGAUAGUCCUACUGGUGGGCCGCAAGAUGGUAUCGCCACUGUGCCCAACCUGUCCGGAAAUGUGACUAACGUUGAUUUUGUAUACACGAAAGAUACGGAUGAUAUCAUAGUUCCGCCAUGUGCGGAUGUGCAGGGUUCAGUGAAGCAGUUGCUGCCUGGGCAUGUGGAGGAGAAUUUAAAAGUUUUCCCCAUGGUCCCUGUCAAGAUUGUGGAUGUGAAUGGUACUACAGUAGGCGAGACCACUACCGAUGAAAUUGGCCAAUACAGCUUUGGGUGUGUCGAGUUCGGAGAUUAUCAGAUUAUAGUCCCAGAAGUUGCAGUUAACGCAUCCGACGUUACCUUGGAUCUGGUAACUGAGCCUGUGUCUGAUGGUGAAGAUAUCGAUGGCAUUUAUUCGUUCACUUUGGAUAGUUCCACCAUGGCUGAUCCGAUCGAGCCUUUUGUAUUCGCACCUCUUUCUUCCAUAAGUGGUACUGUUAUGACAGAGGAUGGCGAAAAACUUUUUGGAGUCGUUGUAUCUGUGUAUGAUUCGAACAAUCAAACCGUCGUCUCGAUAUAUACGAAAGAGGAUGGUACUUAUAGCGUCGGAGAUUUGCCGGACGGAGAUUACAAGGUCAUUGUGCAAACUAACGAUGGUGUCGUAAUCGAAUACGAUAUUGUCGGAGAGGAUCUUCUGGAGGCGACUAUAACGGACAGAGUACCAGUGAGCGGCAUAGACUUUGUUUUCAAGUUGCCUGGUUCCAUUUCUGGGCACACGUUAGAGAAGAUCGGCAAUGUGACCAUUCCAGGUACACUGAUUAGACUCGAAGGAAUCACAGACCCGAGUUUCACGAAACAAACAUCUACGGAUGAAAAUGCCUACUAUGAGUUCACGGGCCUACCCAAGGGUCAGUACAGAGUCAUAGCCCCCACGACUAUCAAUUCCGUUGGCGAUCUCGUGACAUUUCCAGCGGAUGAGUUUGCGGACCCUAAUGGUUCCGAUGUGCCUGAAGAGUCUACCCACGAGAUCAAAGUUGGCCAUUUGAAUAUCACCGACGUCGACUUCCUGUACAAGGGGCCUGGAUCGAUCUCUGGUUACACACUAACCGAGGAAGGCGACAUCCCCAUCCCGGGUCUGAACUGCACGUUGACAAGUACUAGCGACCCAUCCAUCCCUGCACAAGUACAAACGACGAACAUCGAUGGCUUCUAUCAAUUCAGCGGAUUAGAGGAUGAUAUUUACAAGGUUACUUGCCCCAAGGAAGCCGAAACUGUUGGUCCAAUUAGUUCCGGGCCCAGCGACAAUAAUGGCGAAAAAUAUGACCACGUGGCUGCUAUCGACGAUAACACUCGAAAUGUCACAGAUGUGACUUUCAAAUACUUGCCGUAUGGAUCUAUUAAGGGAUCCAUCACAAACGGUAUUUUGGAGCCAGGAAGCGACGGUAUCAACAAUGUAGUUUGUAUACUAACAAAGGAAGGGGAUGCGAGCUUCGAGCUGCAGGUUAGUUCUAACCCUAAAAAUGGAGUGGAUGGUCUGUUCGAGGUCGAUGGGUUAGUCUUCGGAACGUACUCCUUGACUUGUCCCGAGGAAAUUGAGGAAGAAGGUCUAGACGUCAGUGAAGGACCUAACGAUAUCCCUAUUGAGGAUGGCAAUGUGUUCGAGACUACCUUUGUAAUAGGCCCAGACACCCCAACUAGAGAUGAUCUCGAUUUUGUGUACCUCCCACCUGGCACGAUUGCUGGCGGAACUUACGAAGAAGGUAGCGAUCGCGUACCGAUCCCGGAUGUCACCGUUAAACUUGUGUUCCUAGAUGGUUCUGAGCCCGACAGGGAAUAUAUUACUAAUUCAUCUGGCAAGUACAUUUUUGUUGAUUUGCCGACCGGAGAGUACAAAGUCGUGGCAGUCGAGACUGUGGGAUCUGUCGGUCCUAUUGUUGACGGACCAGUGAAGGGUCCGCUGGACAAUGGCGAGACUGAUAUCUUCGUUUCUGUACAGGCGAUUACUGAGGAAGUGCGAGCUGUCACUAAGGUUGAUUUCAUAUACGCCCGUCCGGGUUCAAUCUCCGGUACAAUCAGCGAAGACUUGCCUGGUGAUCAAUUUGUUGCCAUCCCUGGCGUUGUUUGUGUCCUGACUGGUCCAGAGCUUGACGGACCUCUAGGUGCAGUGACGGACACAUCUGGAUUCUUUGAGUUCCUUAACAUUGGUGAUGGAACGUACAAUCUUACAUGUCCUACAACAGCUUUGUUCACUGAUGGUGAUAACGGUACCAUCAGUCAGGGACCUGAUGGACCUAAUGAUGAACUCUUUGAAGUGACCACCAUCACUAUCGGCCCUGAUAACCGUGCAGUUGUAAAUCAGGAUUCCGAAUACUUGAGACUUGGUGUCAUCACAGGUAUAACACAGGAAGAGUUUACUAAAGCUCCCAUCGCUGGCGUGACCUGCACUCUGCGUGGCGCGGAUGCUUCAGAGGAAACCUACGUCACUGGAGCUGAUGGUCGAUUUGAGUUCAAAGAUUUGACCUAUCAGCAAUAUAUGGUGUCAUGUCCCACCGUUGUUUCGUAUUUAGACAAGAACCACACCAUCAGUCAGGGUCCUGACGAGACUGUUCGGGACGAUGAUGUUCUAGAGUCGACAGUGACAGAGAUUGAUGCGGAGAAUCGUGUCGUUGGGGAUCUAAUAUUCGAAUAUUUACCUCUAGGCACUGUCAGUGGGAAAACGUUCGACACGAGCGACAACUCUGCCAUUCCCGGUGCGGAUUGUGUUCUCAAGGGUACAGACCCUGAUAAUCUGGCAUAUACUCGAGGCAUGACGACUGAUUCUGAUGGUGAAUACGAGUUCCUUGACGUACCAUAUGGAAACUACACAGUGACCUGUCCAACGACUGUUUCAAAUGACAGAGAAAUUUCUUUUGGACCAGAUGAUGACGAGGAGCCAUUGAACGGAACACCUGUUGAAAUCUCUCCAGAAUCGCCAAUCAGCCAUAACAAUGACUUCGGCUAUACUGUACCACCGACCUCUACCAUCAGUGGUACGACCAAGACAGAUUCUGGUGCACCGUUGGAUAAUGUAUAUGUCGAACUUUAUAAUGAGGAAGGUGACCUUCUCCAGACGAAGGUGACGGGAGCUAAUGGAUCACCAUCUGGCUCUUUUAUUUUCACCAAUCUGCCGGAUGGUAAUUACACGGUUGUAGUUAGAGAGAAGGAGUUCGGCGUAGAGGAAUAUGAACUCGUUGAGGGCUAUACCGUAUCCCUUCCCGCCGUAAUUGAAGACAGUGUACCCGUCAAUGAUCGUGAUUUCGUAUUCACUCUGCCAGGAAAGCUAUCCGGUCACACCCUGGAGAAGGUUUCCAGAGUAGCCAUCCUAGAUUUGUUGGUUCGACUCGUAGGCAUCACGGAUCCAUCCUUCGAGAGAACGACGCGCACACUUGAUGACACUGGCUUUUACGAGUUCACCAACCUGCCGCGAGGCGAGUACAAGGUAAUUGCACCCACAACAGCACCAUUAACAGAAAUCCCAGGUCUUGGCAAUAUGGGAACCCUAGUGGAGUAUCCUUUGGACGGCGGACUUGAUGAAGAAUCUGAGCACGCAAUUACAGCCGAUGUACCGGAGAUAAUCAAUAUCGAUUACUUGUACAAACAAUUGGGUGCCAUUUCUGGAUCUACUGUAGAACGUGCUGACGAUACACCUAUACCCGGUCAAGAAUGCUCAUUGGAGAAGCUGAUGUCGGAUGGUAGUGUAGACGCGACUUUCACAAAAGUGACUCAAUUUACGGAUGUUGAUACUGGUGAAUACAAAUUCACCAGCCUUGCUGAUGGCCGAUAUACCGUGACAUGUCCAACCGUGGCUGAAAGUCCUGAUUUCUCAGGCCCGAUCAAUUCAGGUGUGUUAUGUUUUCAAUUCGAAGUCGGAUGGUUCUAUUGA